UAUUGUGAGGGUGGAACUAACCCAAAACAACCAGUAACCUACAUACUAGUUAUGCACCAUAGCCUAUAUGCCACAUAAAGAGAAAGGGGCCGACAGACUAUCCAUCAUCCGCUGAAAAGGAGGAGGAGGAAACAGAAGAAAGACAAUUCAAUUAAGGAAGAGUAAAGGGUUGAAAAGAAAGAAAAGAGACAAAACAUAGUAUACGAACAUAGGAAGACCAAAUCUACUAUUGGACAAAUAAAAGAUGGCUUGUUUGUUGGGGAAUGCGCUGCUUGCCCACAUUUACCUGCUCUUCUUGUUGUUGGACGCCGGGUCUCAUGUGCAACCCGUCCAUGGAGCUUUGAGAGCAGAGGGACUGAUUGAAGGCACCACAGAAGUAAUCAGUCACUCACAGGGACUGGUGGCACGGCUGGAGGGCCUUCUGGUGCUAGGGAAUAACAGUGACAUUUCCCUACGUGUGGAAACAGUGGAUGCGGAUGAGGUCAAGGUUAUUCAAGCCCACACGCUAGUGCUUUCACUGCAGAGCCUAGUGUUUGAGGAAAUGCUGAGGAACCGCAAUAGUAGCACGCUAGUGCUGCGAGAAACAGCAGAAUGCACUGCCGUGUUCGAGAAAUUCAUCAGAUAUCUGUAUUGUGGUGAACUCACAUUGCAGUUAGACCAGGCCACUCCACUGCACAGACUGGCUACCAAGUACGGCAUCUCCAGCCUCCAGCAAGGACUAACCCAGUACAUGAGCCAGAACCUGGCCAGCGAUUCUCUGGGCGGUCACGUGGUAGGCUGGUACCAGUACGCUGUGUCGGUGGGUGACACGACACUGAGAGACAGCUGCCUUCAGUUUUUAUCGUGGAAUCUGUCAUCGGUGCUUCAGAGUGCAGAAUGGCCGUCGGUCAGUGUCGAAUUGUUAAUGACCCUCCUGCAGCGCUCCGAUUUAGUGUUGAAGAACGAGCUGGAAUUGUUUGAGGCGCUUGAAAUCUGGCUCACCCAAAACGACCCAGAUACCCUGACAGCAGAGAAUGCCCUCCGACUGGUGCGCUACGCCAUGAUCCCUCCACGUGAACUCUUUCGCUUGCACCGACAGUCGCCCAUCAUGACGCGCUACCACGAAUCAGUGCGUGAUCUUCUCUACAUGUCGUACCAGUUCCAUUCAGCUUCACCCCUUCAGCUGGCUAAGUUCUUCGACGUGAACUGCAGCCUCUUCGUGCCCCGCAACUAUCUCUCACCCAUGUGGGGAUCUCAGUGGAUCAUAAACAACCCAGCACGGGACGACCGCAGUACUAGUUUCCAAACCCAGUUGGGUCCGAGCGGUUUUGACUCCAGUAAGCGGGUGACAUGGAACGCCCUGUUCUCGCCCCGCUGGCUCCCUCUCAGCAUGCGGCCCAUGUACACCGAGCAGGGCGCCAUGCAGCCUCCAAGGCCCGAUGGAGGAAGUGGCAUCGCCCGGCCUCGUAUCAUCAUCACACCUGCUACUUCCAGUGCAGAUUUUGCAGGUGUCAGCUUCCAGAAAACUGUGCUCAUCUUGACAAAGCAAAAGAACAAGCUUGUGGUGCGGCAUAUCUUCAGUUUCCACCAAAGCACAGAGGAGGUGGGUGACUUCCUGGCUGGCGUGGACCUGCAAUAUCGCACAUCCGAGUACCUGGUGGAUGGAUCGCUGUACUUGCACAUCAUUGUAAAGCCUGUUUACCAGACUCUUAUAGCAACCAAGAAAUAAUGUAAGAAGCACAUUGAAGUAGGAUAUGUUUUAGAUUUAGAUUUUUUUUUGAUGCAUGGAAAUGUAUGAAAAUGUUUAGGUCUGAUGUGAUUAACACUAAUAAAGUGCAUCUACACUGUCCUUAUAAUUUACUUUUAAGUUUUACUCUGGAAAAUGUGUCAAAAAAUGAAAUACGCUAAUCCACAUGUACAAAAUUUAAGGGAUAGCUCACACAAAAGUAAAAUUUUGUCAUCAUUUACUCACCCUUGUGUCAUUACAAACCUGUAUGACUUUCUUUCUUCAAUGUAACACAAAAGGAAAUGUUUUGAGGAAUGUUAACGCUGUUCUAAUUAUAUAUAUAUAGUGAAAGUGAAUGGAGAACCGGACCAGUCAAGCUCUAAAAAGCACAAAAACACUAUAAAUCCAUCUUAAAAGUAUUCAUAUGAGGCACUACAUUUAAUUGUGUACCAUUUACUGGCAUUGUAUGGAGAAGAACACCUUUGAAAAUCUGCUAUGAAUAUCUCCUUUUGUGUUCCAUAAAGGAAAGGAAAUAAAAGUUAUGUAAAUUAUAACACAAUUUUAAUUUUUGAACUAUAGGCUGUGACAUACACUUAAUGUCCAAGAUAUUCUCAUAUCAUAGGCAUUAUUCAACGUGAUUAGGCAGAAGCCCUUACCUUUUUUAGGAAAACCAAUUUAUGUGUAAUCACCACAACAUCCUUUGUCCACACUGAACUCAAUGGACAAAGAAAGAGAAGGUGCGCAGAAUCUAAACCAGAGUGUUAAAUUUAACAUGAUGUAUAUUGAAAAAAAAUAAAUACAGUUUUGCCACAUUAUUCUUAACAAUUAAAGUAUUUCAAGGUGCUAUUGUAAAUCUAAUGAGAAAUAUCACAUCUCUUUCAUACCUAUAAUGUCUUGUAAAUAUCACACAGUUGUGCUGGUUAUCUAGGCCAAUGUUAUAAUUCAUCGUUGUUUUUUUUAUAUUAUCCUAUUGUUGUGCCCUGGCUAAAUCUUUUAUGAAAUUUCCUUGCAUGUUGGGAUCAUGUAUGUUUAAUAUUCACUCCCCUGUGCAGACCACACAAUAAAAAACAUGAUGCUUACACAAAGUUUUAAUCAGUUAUUGAGUAUGAGGGUAAGAGAAACAAGACACAUGGUCAUAAUGGUCUUCAUUUCUUUAACAUAACUGCUAAAAAGUCACAUUUUAUUGA